AUGUCAACAGAAAUCAAGAAGAAACUAAAUGUGUUGAUCGUGGAUGAUGAUCCAUUAAAUCUCAAAAUCCACGAAAGGAUUAUCAAGACGAUCGGAGGAAUUUCUCAGACCGCUAAGAACGGUGAGGAGGCAGUAGUCCUCCACCGCGACAGCAGCACAUCUUUCGAUCUUAUCCUAAUGGAUAAAGAAAUGCCCGAGAGGGAUGGAGUUUCGACAACUAAGAAACUAAGAGAAAUGAAAGUCACGUCAAUGAUUGUUGGGGUGACGUCACUGGCUGACCAGGAAGAUGAGCGUAGGGCUUUCAUGGAAGCUGGACUUAACCAUUGCUUGGCAAAACCCUUAACCAUGGCCAAGAUCCUCCCUCUCAUUAACCACCUCAUGGAUGCUUGA